AACCGUGAGCGGAAGCGGAAGCGGCUCUGUCCUCCUAGUUCUCAGCCCCGGGUCCCUUCCCCGUUCCCCGCCUCCUGCCCGGCGCCAUGAGUGGCAGCGGCGCGGACCCCGAGGCGGUCCCGGCCCCUGCCCCUGCCCCGCCGGGCCCGGCCCCGGCUCCCACCCCAACCCCUGCUCCAGCCCCGACCCCAGCACCGGCUCCCGCUCCCACCCCAGCCGAAAGCAAGGCCAGUCCCGCAGGAGGCGCCGGCCCUGGCCGGGGGGACACAUCCGACCGCCGGGCCUCGGUCCCAGUAUCUGCAGCUGGGGGUACGGCCCCUCCCGAAGGUGCCAUGUCUAAUGGAGUUUAUGUGCUACCUGGUGCUGCCAAUGGAGAGGUCAAGCCUGUUGUGUCUAGUACACCCCUGGUGGACUUUCUCAUGCAGUUGGAAGACUACACACCUACCAUUCCAGAUGCUGUUACUGGCUACUACCUGAAUCGUGCUGGUUUUGAAGCUUCUGAUCCCAGAAUUGUCCGGCUCAUCUCCCUGGCAGCCCAGAAGUUUAUCUCUGACAUUGCCAAUGAUGCCCUACAGCACUGCAAGAUGAAGGGCACAGCCUCAGGCAGUUCCAGGAGCAAGAGCAAAGACCGCAAGUAUACCCUGACCAUGGAAGACCUGACCCCUGCACUCAGCGAGUAUGGCAUUAAUGUCAAGAAGCCACAUUAUUUCACCUAAGCCCACCUCUUCCCCGGCUGGCCGGGAUGUGUGGGAUGGGCACAAUCAUAUCAAACUUGGGCCUCUUGGCUGGGUCUUCAUUCAUGCAGAUCUUCAUGAGUUUACACACAUGUGGGGAGAUACCUGGAGGAAUAGUGGGCCGAAGGCCUUCCAGGGCAACCUACAAGCAAGAAUCCCCAGGUUCAGGACCCCUCUUCAACCCUUAAAGCUGACUCCACCCUUCCCCCAACCCCCAUAUGUCCCCUGUAUCCUUCAGACCUUCAUGCCAAUUUCCAUGUUGGAGAGGUCGGCAAAUGGUACUUCUCUUGUCACUAGUUCCCACAACAGUACUGCAAAACUCCACAUGUCUGCAGAACGACGAUUAAUUUCCUCUGGCUUCUUCUGCAGGGCUGGGUCAGGGGAGAGGAUUGAGAUGAAAACUGAUUGUUUCUCUGCCCUCCCCCUCCCCCCCAAACAAAUCUCUUUUCUGCCUUCAUCAUUCCCUACCCUCAGGAGCCACCCAGGCAGGGGCAUACAUGCGCCCUGGACACUGGAAGGAGAAUUUCACAUCAGCCAUGCUGAUACGGGCAGUCAUAUCCUCAUCAAUCUGUGGGGGAAAGAAGGCUGGUUGUAGCGGGGAUCUGUUCAAGUGACAGUUGGAUUAGCCACCUUGGGUGCAUUCCAGACUCGAGCCUCACCAUGACACUUCGGCUGUUGAGGGCAUGCCGAGGUAUGAGGGGCUCUAGUGUAUGCAGGAAAGCCAUGCCCCGUGCCAUGUCCAGAGCAAACUUGACAGCUUGGGUCUGAUCAACAACAAAAUCUAGGGGAAAGAAAGUGCAGAGAAGGGGGAAGGAGUUAUCCUAUGUGUAAUCCCAGGAGCCCUUCUGCCUUAGGCCAGAGUUGUUUUAAGGCUUCUAUUCCUUCCCCCACCCUCUGAUGUCCAAAAACUAGUCCCAGCCUUUUCUGGGCAUGAAGACACAACUCACUGGUCCCUUCAUGAAGUACAUUGUAGAGGGAGCCAUAAGGCAUCCAGUGGGUGAUGAGAACAGGGUGAGGGGCAGGGGGUGCUUGGCAGGCUCCCAACACAGGCAGCACAUUAGGGUGGGAGAAGAUCCUGUAAAGAUAAGACAGAACUUGCAUGCUGCUCUGUCCUUUUAAGAUCCUCAACCUCCCCAUGUACCCAAGUUCCCCACCUUAGCUUGGGAUACUCCUCAUUAAAGUCUCUGCUCUUCCUUGUA